UGCAGUUUUCAGCAGAGAAAGAAAUCACUGUUUAUAAGGAAAUAGUAACAGCCAGUUUAGACUGCCUGUCAGUCUGCCUCUAGUUGUUUACAGCAGACCAUCAUAAACAAGUAGUGUAGCUACAGUUUCAUAGGUUAAAAUAUUAUUGUGCUAACCUGCUAGGUGUUGAAAUAAGCAAAACAUGUUGGGGUGGAAGCAGAGGGAAGAACGCUACACAACAGAUUGAAUACCCGUAAUUACCAUUCUGUUGCAAUCAUGCGGUUGUGAAUCAGGCAAGUAGGUCCUGUGCUUUAUUAAUCCAGAUUGGCAAACCGCCUCUGUUGUACUGGUUUCUUUGCAACAACUCUUUUGAUGCUGAAAUUUCUAGCAGUUACUGCCCCAGGUGUAACCCUAAUGAAGUAGUUCUGAAGUGUUCAGGGGUAUCAACAAAAGCAUGAUUAGUCGUGUACCCGUGGGCACCAACUGCACUGUGUCUUCCAAUCUUAAUCCCAGCCAGUCCUCUCAGCAUGCCAGACUCACAGGGAGCAGAUGUGUCAGAGUCUCAUAGAGACAGAUGUACAGCACUGUAAUCUCCCUGGGUGUGGUUUGCAAUUUGCAAUUUUUCUGAUGCAGUUAAUAAGAAAACACAUAACACACUUGACCAAGUUUGUGGCCUUGGUACUUCUAACUUUGAUUUUAUUAACGCAUCAGUUAUCUGAAGUUGUCAGGUUGUGUGCAAGUCUUUUUUCCCCCACCCGUCAUAGAUGAUACACUAGCCAGCCUCUGUCUCCCGCACUCACAGCCAGUCUGCACUGUACAGUGUAUUCCUAAAGGUACGGGGAUUGUGUCUGACAUUUCUCGAUUGGGAAUGUCAUGCUGGGUAUUUUUAUCUUAAUCUUUUUAUUAGCCACACAUCCUGGUUUUAGGACCUCCCGGUCUCAUUCAGUUUGGAUGAUAAAGGGUUUAGUAAUUGAAAAACCAGAGUGCUCUGUUUUUCAGCUUCUCAUCUGUCAUGCUCGUCGGUUUUUAAGAAUUUUUCGAAGGGGAAGGAGGUUAGCCGGGUCACAUUUGUUUUGACCAGCACUGGAAUUUGAAGGGGCACCUGGAUGGCUAAGCAAUUUAGAAAGAAACUAAAAAGGCACUUCUUGCAGAAUCUCAAUUUCUUUGGGGAUCACCCAUACAAUAGCCCACUAAAGAGUCUAAAAUCUGACCAUAUCACAAGGUCAUGUGACUUAUGGUGGAUAUACAUGUACUCUACAUAACUGGAUUCAGUUAAGCCACGACGUCAUGAUGCCUGGUAAUACAGUAUGUCAAGUUGCCCAGUUUCAGUUGUUCUUUUUAUCAGACUUAUAUACAUUAGUAGUAGUAGUAGUAUACAAACUAUAAAGCCCAUACUGUUCCCAAUAUAUGAGAGCUUUAGGACCCUGGGGAAGCCGUCCUAAAUAAUUCAAGCCUCCAGCCUUGAAACUAAGAGGGGAAGCGAGGUACAGCUCCUGAAACACAUACCCAGUAGUACCGUUGCACUGAAGUAAAGAGCUCUCCGACAACAGCUCUUUAAAUGAUUUUAUAACUCUGCAAAGUAAACACAGCUAGCAUCAUUUUCAACUAUUCAAGAGCAAUCAAACUAACAAAAACAAUAAUAACAAAUAUUUCUGGAGAAGCGUUUACUGUACAGGUAGUGAUGGGAGCGUUUCAUUCUAGACACGUUGAAAAUUACAUACACGACCUCGCCGAGAAGACAGGCUUCUCAGUGGAGCAAGUCGAGAUCCUGCACAGAAGAUUUAAACAGCUGAGCAGAGACGAGGACACUCUCCAACCAGAGCACCUUUACAGCAUACCUGAUCUGGAGUUCAACCCCAUCCGAACCCAAAUCGUCGCUGCUUUCUUUGACAAAAGGAACUUCGAUAAGUAUUCCCCGCAGGGCACUGUGCAGGAGAUCGGCUUCGAGCAGUUCCUGACCGUCAUGUCACACUUCAGACCGCUGAAGCUCCGCAUGACUGAGGAACAGAGGGAGCAACUGAGACUGGAGAAACUGCAGUUCCUCUUUAACAUGUACGACUUGGACAACGACGGGAAGAUCAGCCUGGAAGAAUACAGACAGGUUGUUUAUGAGCUCUUGUCAAAAAACCCCAAAAUAGGAAAUGAAUCGGCCUCCAUUGCAGAUGCUGCUAUGUUAGAAGCUGCAAGAACAUGCAUGGGACAAAUGGAGCCAGACCAAGUCUAUGAAGGAAUCACCUUUCAGGACUUUCUAAAGAUGUGGACUGGCAUCGACAUUGAGACCAAGAUGCACGUUCGCUUUUUAAAAAUCGACAACACCACUCUGUGCAAAUGAGGAACAUGAUGAACCUUCAGGUUUCAAAUUGGAACUGCAUUGUAGGGACAUGACUGUGUCUGUCUGCUUUGUUCUUGGUGACUAUGGGGUGAUGGUGUUCAUCAAGGGUGUAGCAGGAUUGUUUCCUUAGGUUCUUAAUGUAACGGGUCAUUGCUGUUGAGUUAUAUGUUUGCCUGUCAAACUAAAUGGGGGCACUGUCUCUCUCAGGGAACCGCAGGCUUUGAUAAGCUUUCUACUAACAAUUAGCACACUGCCACGCAAAACUCUCCUUCCUUCGUGAAAAAUCUGUCUGCAUCAACAAGUUAUUUUUGUCUGGAGCGAAUCCAAGAAACGCUUUUGAGAGUUGCGGCAUGGAAUUCCUUGCAAGGUUGGGAAAGGGCACACAAAGCACUUCAAAAGAAAGGUUCUGGGAAGAAGUGAACCAUGUAUGAGAGUAGAAAUAGCUGAGCGUUUUCCCACCCCUCCACUCCAAUAGUACCUUGUUCCCACGCUACUCCUGCACCAGAGCUGUGUCGAAAUCAUUACUGGGUGGCCUCUUGAACAUGGAUUAACCAUGUAGCUCCCCGAGUAUGACAACAGUUUAAAAUCCGAUGCUAUGAACUAGAUGCAAUGUAAUUGAAAAUGUCAACAGGACAAGAUAACCUGCAUGCUACACAGAGCCUGUUCUGAUUUAUCACUACUACUGUGCAUUUCCAGGGACCCACUGACAAUGGAUGCAGUAAAGUGAAUACAUCUCUUCUUGCAGCAGUCAGUAGGGUUAGUCAUUCCCUAGGCUACACUGACCCCUACUGGCUCAAUACAAGAACAGAAACUGCGACUGGGUAACAUUUUUGCUGUUGGUUUGCACUUUUACCUUGCUUUAAGGAAAUCAGCUUACUUUGCACAGAUCAAACCUUCACAGGACUUUCUGACAAGGUCAAUAGCCUCCACAGUAAUGCAUGUAAUGCGCACUCAUCACUUUAACCAUUUUCUAUAUUAUUUUUAGGUUUUAAUUUACCAGUACACUUUUAUGUAAAUUACUU